CAAACGUUUUCCUUGCAGCUAUAAAUGAGACAAGCAAAAGUUUGAACAAACAAAAAUACAAAAAACAACAACACCAACUCGAACUGCAGUUAAGUCUCAAGCAGCAGUCGCAACAUGCUGAACUCCAAUGCGAAUCAUUCGGGCAAUAGCCGGCGGCCAUUUUCUCGCAAUUCCUCCUCGGCCCGUUCACAUCGGGGCCGCAUGCUCUACUCCCCACAUCCACAUGGACAGCAGCAACAACAGCAGCAGUCGCAGCGAAACAACAACAAUGGCCUUGUGCCGGGUCAUAGUCCCUGGUGCAAUGUAAAUCUGAAUCGCCACAAUAAUGACAGCAACAACAACAACAGCAACAACAAUGCCAACAAUAACAAAGAUGCAAUCGAUGGCAGAAAUUUGAAUUGCGAUGUACAAACAAGUAAUUCUAGCGGAACUUGUAUUUAUAAUAAUAGCAAAACGCAUCAUCACAACAACAGCCUUAACCUCAAUCACAAUCAUAAUGCCCCCUCACAACAACAGAAUCAUCAGUCACAAGUCCAUCAUAGCCAGCCUACUCAGUAUAACAGUAACAAUAACAGUAUCAGUAACAGUAACAGUAACAAUAACAGUAACAAUAACAAUAACAGUAACAGUAAUGUUAACCCUAACAGUUUUCAUCAUUCAAUUACCAACACUGCACAUGACAACAAUUGCACUGUUAACAAUAGCAGCAGUAAUCGCAGUAGCCUACGAACACAACACAAUGAAAACCACAAUCCCAACCAGUAUUUAAUCGCCAAUCAGAAUCCAAUUGUGAAUCACAGCUAUCACAGCUAUUUUGAUAUGUGCCACAGUGCUGCGAGUGUGCCUCCUGCUUUUGGUUCAAUGUCCGUGUCCGUUGUUCGAUUAAAUCCAGCACGCUUAUGUUUAACUGUUGCCGCCCCGCCCACAGCCACACCUACAACACGCCGUAGCACGCCCCUUGCCCUGAUAUCCUUACCAGCCCAACAGCAUAACAACAACAACCACAAUCCACAUAAUUUCAAUCAUAAUCAUCAAUAUCACAGCACCCAUCACAGCUACAACAACAACAACAACAACAACAACAACAACAACAACAACCAGUAUCACCCAUCACAACCUCAGCCACAAUCACAACCACAGCCACAACAACAACCGACUAAUCGCCAAUCCCUCCCGCUAACACGUACGAAUUCAAAUUCAACAACCGCAACAACUUUCAAUUCAACCAAUACAACAACAAAUAGUAUUCCUACUGAUGUUGUGAAUGUCAAUUCUUGUACCGAUAUAAUUCCUCAUGGGUCAACUGCGCCACAACAACAACAACAACAACAUCAACCGCAACAACUGUGUUCACAACGACAACAACGACGAUCUCAAACCCAACAACAACAACAACUGCAACAAUUGUCGCCGCCGCUUCUUAUGAUAAACCUCAACCAAUUGACUGAUACUCAUUUUAAUCACGCAUCCACCAAUAGUCAUAGCCAAGGAUCUGCAGGAGCCCAUCACAGUCAGCGUAACUACAACAAUCGCAACAACAACAGCAACAACAACAUAAAUAACAACAACAAUGCGAUUGGUUUAAGCAAUUCAGACUAUAUGAACUAUCGACGCGCUUGCCCCGCAUUGUCACGUGACUAUCAGCAACACCACAACAACAACAACAGCAACAACAAUGUUAACAAUAACAACAAUCUGGGCAACGGUCACAACAAUAACAACAACAGUCGCCGCCACAAUGGCAACUAUGACAGAAAUCCAAACAAUAAUCACUUUAAUAAUGGUAGUUCGGAACAGAAUCUGGAUCAUAGAGCCGAUGGUGGCUAUAGCUUUAUGCGCAAUGGAGGAAUUGGUAAUAGCUACGGUCGGAAUGGUGCACAGCACUAUCAGCAGCACAUGAGCAAUGGCUAUGGCAACAACAACAACAAUAACAAUAACAAUGUUGCAUCUGCAUCCUCCGCUGGUCCCGGCCUAAUGGGUGAUGUGCCCUCUGGCUCCGGUUUGUCUGGUUCAACGCUAUCGCUAAACAAUGGCCUCGGACCCAAUGGUAUCAACUCGGAUAGUCCGUCGCGCAAGCGUCGUCGCAUUUCGGGUCGACCCAGUCAAUCGCCGCCAGCUAUUUGGGAGCCCAGACGCUCACAGCGCGUCAUGAUGCAACAGGGCAGUCCGCCGUUGCGUCGGCCACGACUGCGCGAUGUGGCCACCUCCACGCAGCAGCAGCAAAUACAACAUCCGCAAUAUGCACCACAGCCGCAUCACUCGCAACAGCAGCAGCAGCAGCAGCAGCAGCAGCAGCAGGUGCCGCCGAACUACCAUCCAAUGCAUCAUCAUCAGCAGCCACAGCCGCACUAUGCGCCGCAACAGCAACAGCCGCAUCAACAUCCACACUCGCAUCGUUCGCCAUGGGAUCUAACCGGCAAUGGUCCGGCCGUGGGUAAUGCUGGCGGGCCAGCUCCGAGCAGCACUGUGGGAGCCAUAUUGCAGCAGGUGCAGGCACCGCCGCCGCCACCACAGGCGCCCAGUCAUCAGCAGGGAGUAGGUGCUGCCCCGCCACCACCGCCACCCACCUCGCUAAUGGUUGACCUCAAUUUGGCCCUGCGCCACGAACCCUUCUGGGCAUCCUUCUGCACGUAUCCGUUGCCAACCCAGGCACGUCUGGCUCCGUGCCAUCUGCAUGGCAUCUAUACGCAACCCUUCACGGCAGCGCCUGCCGGCCUGGCUGCUGCUCCGUUACAGGUCGCCCAGGUUCCGACACCCACACAAGUGGCAGCUGCUGCAGCGGCAGCACAGCAUAUGAUCCAAGCGGCAACGAUUACGGCACAGCAGCAGCAACGCGAUGUGGCUGCCAUUGCUGUGGCUAAUCUGACAUUAGAGCCACAACCCAAUGCCCACCAUAUGGACGGACAUCAAGCAGCCGCUGCAGCGGCGGCAGCGGCAGCCGCAGCUGCAGCAGCAUCUGUGCCAGUGGGUUCCCAGGCAACGCAUCCGCAUCCACAUCCACAUGCACAUGCACAUCAGCUGCCGAGCCACAUACACAUCGCCUCGAUGAGUGCCGCGGCGGCGGCGGCUGCCGCACAGCAUAUACAUUCCAAUGCGGCGGCAGCGGCAGCCGCUGCACAUGUUUCACAAAUGUCGGCGGCAGCGGCACCGCAGCAGAUAAUCAUAUCAUCCGAGCGUCGCACAUUCCCGCCGCAUAGGCGUCUACCGCGCUUCUGGCCGGCUAAUCAUGGACCACAUCGACAUGUCCUGCCGCCUCAAUCGCUGGCACCACAUCAGGCGCCCGUGCAGAUCCAAACCACCGCUGGCAUUAUCAAUCCGGGCUUCUUGCUCAAUUUCCUCGCCAUGUUCCCACUAUCGCCCUAUAACCAACACGAUCUCAACUCCGCGGACACCAAUGAGACGGAGAAUUAUGAGGCGCUGCUCAGUCUGGCUGAGCGUCUGGGCGAGGCCAAGCCUCGCGGGCUAACACGCAACGAAAUUGAUCAGUUGCCCAGCUACAAAUAUAAUCCGGAAGCACAUAGUGGCGAUCAAUCAUCCUGCGUGGUCUGCAUGUGCGAUUUUGAGCUGCGGCAGUUGUUGCGCGUUUUGCCCUGCUCCCACGAAUUCCAUGCCAAGUGUGUGGACAAAUGGCUGCGCUCAAAUCGCACAUGCCCCAUUUGCCGCGGCAAUGCCUCCGAUUAUUUUGACAGUGCCGAUCAUCAACAGCAGCAGCAGGCACAGUCAACGGCUGCCACAACUACAUUAUCUGGCAACGCUGCCACAGCUACCAGCAAUCCGGCAGUGACCGUUGUCGCCGCCGCCGCCGCCGCCGUCAAUUCGCAGCAGAGCCAAGCAGCUUAGGGCCAUACAAUUAACAGUAACAAUAAUAAUAACAAUAACAAAUACCACAACCACAACGCUUUCGCCACGUCGUCCAGGUGCCGCAAGUAACGGAGCACAUACAAAAUCGCAACAAAACCACACACACAGUUAGCCUUUUUAAAUAAUUGAUAUAACGCGCAACGAAUCCAACUGCCAAAUCGCUUCCCUUUAAACCAGACCACUUCAAUAGCUUAUCGUAAUACUUUACUUAGCCGGUAGUUGUAUGUUAGUAACGGUAAAUGGUUAAUGAAAAAACACACAGUAAAUUGUAAUGUUAACAAUGUAAUUAUAUUCUAAUGCAUACCACCAAGAUUUCAUACAUAAAUAAGUACUACAUAAAAUGCACAAUUAUCGAUAAUAUUAAUCGAUGGUUCAAUUGAAUGUGUUGAAAGUAAGAAAAGUCGACAAAAAACCAUAAAACUCACAAUCACUUGUUAUCUUUUUUUAGUGCACUACAGAGCAAGUUAAUAUGGAAGAUAGAUUGGGUCAAAAUUGGCUCAGCUGCCGCCUGUGCUUAUAAUAUUCUUGUGCAUUACAUUAUAACAGAUCCAUAAAAAUUCGAGUGCAUACUCUAUACACAAAACAUACCUAUUAUCUAUACUAAAUGGUGUAUUUUAAAUGUUGCUGUCCACAUACAUACAUACAUACAUACAUACAUACAUAUUAAU